AAGCGGGACGUCUGGUCACCUUACGCAUAAUAUGAGUAGCCUUCCAAGAACCAUGAAUGAUGAAACCCAAUUGUUAUUUUUGCUUUCAGAAAAAUGUGAUACUUCUCUACGUAUUCAUAAUGGUCAUUUUGCUAGUACUUAUCAGGACAUGUACAUAGAAGGUAACGACAUUACAUUUGUUUGUGAUCAGGGAUAUUCUCCUGCAAACCAGCAGUCAACAUCCACUUGCACAAAAAAUGGCUGGUCACCUGCUCCAAGUUGUAUCCUGACAGAAAGGGGCUGUGACUAUAUCCGUAUAGAAAAUGGAAGAAUGGCCAAACCAUAUGAACUGUACAGACCAUUUCCAAUAUCGGAGGGACAAUCAAUUUAUUUUUCUUGUAAUCAUGGUUUUCUGCCUACAAACAAGGAAAUGUGGCAAGCAGCAACAUGCAUCAAAUCCCACUAUGUCCCAGAACUAAAAUGUUUCAAAAAAUGUGAUACUUCUCUACGUAUUCAUAAUGGUCAUUUUGCUAGUACUUAUCAGGACAUGUACAUAGAAGGUAACGACAUUACAUUUGUUUGUGAUCAGGGAUAUUCUCCUGCAAACCAGCAGUCAACAUCCACUUGCACAAAAAAUGGCUGGUCACCUGCUCCAAGUUGUAUCCUGACAGCAAACCAACAAGCAAAAAGGAGGAAGGGAUGAUAGUAGCUUGGAGAAAUCAUAUGAAAUAGCCAAACUGCUGAACUGAAUGUUAGUCGUUGGGAAAUUACCUGAAGAGCUAUGAAGGGCUGGCUGCUCCUCGUUGUUGUUUUUCUUCUCUGGCCAGGCUGCUCUUCUCAAAAUGAUAAGUUAAGAAAAGAAAUCAAGAGGAAAACAGUUUCUGCUGCAUUCAUUAAAGGCCCAAUUAUUUUUAGCAAAAGCAAAUAGUUCAAUUGUUCAUUUGAGGCUUUCUAGAAAUUUGUAAUGCCCAAAUUCUUUAAGAAUAUCGUUUAGCAUUCCAAUCCCUUUUUUCAAAUACAACAUUUUUCAGUAAUUGAUUUGUGAAUAGCAAAAUAUUUUGUGUCGGUAUUAUAAAUUCAAACCCAUCUGGAGGAGUUUUUUUCAGUUAAUAAAGAACUUGAUGCGAUAAUAACCAAGUGAUUAUCAUGUCUAACAUAAGGCUUCCUAAAUCAGAGUGACUGAAAUUAUAGAGAUGUAUUUCAGUUGGGUUUAUAUCAGGAUAAAUGCAAAGAAAUUAGUGGAUGUCUAAAUUGGUGAUUAUAUCUUUCACAAAAAGACAAGGAGGAUAAUAUUCACUUCACAAGACACUGAAGCUGAGACUAUAUUUUCAGAUAGUCAUACUAAUCAGACUUUUGAGUCAAUCAUAUAUUUAUCACUGUUUUUUGAUGGUUGCAAAAAUCAUUCAUGAAGGAAAAGGAAGAAAAGAACUGGCCUCAAUCAACAGAGAGUAUAGAAGGUAUUCUAUACUUUGCAGUAAUUAUAAAAUUAACUGAUAAUUGUUACAAUAAAUAGCUAAUACUAACUCAUUUCAGGCUCUUACUUUCAAAUUUGAUAGCUGAAGGGUUAGAGAUAGUUAUUCUACAAUUAUUUUCUUCUCCUGUUUCUUCCCAGCAUGGCUGAUUUGAAAUUUAUAUUUGAAUAAUACUUUUGUGUGUUUGUAUGUGUCUGUAUAUUAUUCCACUAUUGUAUUCUCUUAGAACUCUUCUGCCUUUUACACAAGGAACAUUGUCUUGCUUAAAAGACGUUGUGGAUCUUAGGUGCUUUAGUUCAUGACUGUAACAGCUGAGAGACAAAAGGAAAAUGAGGGGAAAAGAAAGAGAAAAAUCUAUUUACUCAGAUCUCUAAUUAUUUUACUCUAUUGCAACAUAGAAUUUUCCACAUAAACUUUAAUCUCUUUAUCAAAGGAAUUCUUUACUGUAAAAUUUUUUAUAUGUCAUCUGAUCUUUCUCAGCUCCUUGUACAACAAGUGAAGAAGAUAUGAGACAACACAAUAUAAGGCUCAGGUGGAUGCAAAAGCUUUCAAUAUAUAGAGAGGAGGGAAAUCUUGUUGAAUUUCAAUGUAUCAGAGGCUAUCAACCACAUCCAAGUUCCAGCUCAUUUAGAGUUCAAUGCAUGGAAGGGAAACUUCACUAUCCAGAUUGCAUUCCUAUAUGCAUAUUUUCAUAAAAAUACUUUAAUUUGCCAAUAUUAACAUUUCUUUCCUCUGUCUAUAUCUACAGUAUAGCUAUAUUCCUAUAUAUCUAGGCAUUGACAAAAGCACUUUAAAUAUUUAAAAGGCCAAAACUCUGGCAACUAAAGUUGUGGUUGUAAUGGAUUCUAAAGUAACUUGGUCUUCUGCAGUUCUUCUAAAUCAAAACACUUGUUAAGAUCCUUGUGAUCUAAAUAAAGUUCCUUCCAUUCAGAGCAAUGGGAGAGAAGUUCUAUGGGGACGGGGGUAAUACUUAAAAACAAAGAGGAAUGGGACAGGGGGAAAAAAAUCUGCCAGCAUUUCAUCUCUUCUGGUCUGUUGCUAAAUCCUAACAGAUUCCAAGAUCAGGAAAUUCCUCUGUCCUGGGGCUGAAAUGAGUAGAAACCAGUGGUGGGUUUCAAAAUUUUUUACUACUGGUUCUGUGGGUGUGGCUUGGUGGGCGUGGCAUGGCUUGGUGGCUGUGGCUUGGCGGGCAUGGCAGAGGAAGGAUACUGUAAAAUCUCCAUUCCCUCCCCAAUCCAGGGAAGGUUACUGCAAAAUCCCCAUUUUCUCCCAAUUAGCUGGGACUCAGGAGGCAGAGAAUAGAUGGGGGCCACCAGUCAGAGGUGGUAUUUACCGGUAUUCCAAACUACUCCAAAUUUCUGCUACUGGUUCUCCAGAACUGGUCAGAACCUGCUGAAACCCACCUCUGAUGGAAACUCUACUUUAAACUAAGUGAGCUAUUUUCACUGAUUUCAUUGCCUUUGAAUGAAUGUUUCCAAAUGAACGCCCAUACAUUUUACUUUAUUUAUUUCAUUUCCACUGAUAUUGAAAUAUUCUCCUUCCCUUUGAACUUGCAUAUGCAAUUUACUCAUGUGUCUACAUACAUAUUUGUACAGAUAGUCCUUGUCUUAUGACCACAAGUGAGCCCAAAAUUUUUGUUUCUAAGUGAAACAUUUGUUAAGUCAACUUUGCCCCAUAUUACAACCUUUUGUGCCACAGUUGUUAAGGGAAUCACUGCAGUUGUUAAGUUAGUGACAAGUAAAUCUGGCAUCCCCAUUGACUUUACUUGUCAGAAGGUCACAAAAGGUGAUCACAUGAUCCCAGGACCCUGCAACCAUCAUAAAUAUGAUACAAUUGCCUGCAUUCAAAUUUUGAUCAUGUGACUAUAGGGAUGCUGCAACGGUCAUAAGUGUGAAAAAUAGUCAUGUCAUUUUUUUUGUAACUUUGAGCAGUCACUAAAUGAAUCUUUGUAAGUCAAAGACUACCUGUAAAUAUCUGUCAAAAGACCCAAGACUAGAUUUAAAAAAAAAUUAAAUGAAUUAGUAAGCACUGUAAAACAUUCAUUACAUGUACAAUAAGGUAUCCCAUAUUUCCAACCUUAGAAUAAAUGAAAAAAUAGGUUGAACACGAAGACCCUCUGAAAUGAAUUGGAUGAGAUAGAUUAUCAAUCAUUAAAUGAAAUGUUAUUGACUUCAAGAGACUACCAGACCCGACCUAAAGAUUACUUGCUUUCUCUUGGAAACUUAGGGUGCACACUGAUUGCAUUUGUUGUACUGAGGACAAUAGAAUCAAUGAAAAUAACCCACUGAAGUGAAAUAACAGUUUCCACUCAUUUCAGCCUUAGGACAGAGGGAUCUUCUGGUCUUCAGUUUUGGAAUCAUAGUACUUCUCUCCCAUUGCUCUGAAUGGAAGGAAUUUCAUUUGGAUCACAGGAAUAUUAUUGUACAACGGGGAUUACGUUUGAAAUUGCAAUGAAUACAAAUGGUAUUAGUGAAAUACAAAUUUUUGUUGUGAUUUACAUAUAAAUAUCAAACAUUUCUGUAGUGAACAUUUUACAGGUAGUCUUUGACUUACAACAGUCCAUUUAGAGACCGUUCAAAGUUACAACAGCACUGAAGAAAGUGGCCAUUUUUCACAGUUAUGACCUUUGCAGCAUCCCCAUGAUCACAUGAUCAACAUUCAGAUACUUGGCAACUGACUCAUAUUUAUGACGGUUGCUGUAUUCCAAGGUAAUGUGAUCACCUUUUGUGACCUUCUAACCAGCAAUAGGAAAGCCUGAUUCACUUAACAAUCAGGCUAUUAAUUUAAUAACUUUUGAGUCCCUUGAGUAAUUUCUUUGGUGUAAAAAUGUAGAUACUGAAUUUUCUUUCCCAUGUAGUUUGAUAUCUUAAAAUUAUUACAUUCUGCUGCAGAUCAGAUAAAUCAGUUUAAAAAAGAAUUACAUAAAAUAUACAGAUGCAAAUUUAUUUCUUUACUGUUCACUUUUUG